CUCUGGCGCGUUGUUGCUGUUACCCACACGUUCAUUUGGCUGUUUUAUUGAAUUUCACUGUUGAUCUCGGCAGAUCUCUAAAGUGUUUUGUGGACCGGUUUAGUGCGCAGUGUAUAUGUAGAGAGGCUUUGACUGGUGAAAAUACUUUUGACAGUUCAGGUCGUUCUGCAUGAACCACAGCUCUGUCUGUUUGCUCACUGCGGAAUCGUGGGGUCGUAAAUAGUCCAUGCAGUGAAAAUGUAGAUCCGGUGCGCGUUUUUUGACAACGCGAUCAAACAAGACAGCUUACAAAGCUGACUAAAUAGCGCGUGGGGAAAUAAGUUUAUAAACUUGGGUUUGGGGUGCGUGUAAUGUGUCUACUGUCAUGCUGUUUUCAAUCAAUUUUUCUCAGCUUAUGUUUGAAAACUAGCUCAGAAUUUGGGAUCUGCACUGUCGCUAUCUCUCAUUCUCUGGUGUUUUGGUCUUGUUCUGUGCCAAAAGCCGUGUUCAUUAUGUGUGCAGAUAGAUGUGUGUCACAUCCUAAGUUUAGAGAUGGUUUCUGAUUUGGUUGUACAGUUGUUGUUUUUUUAAUGUGUUGAAGAGGCUAAUAUUAUAUAUAUAUAUAUAUAUUUAAAUGAUCAUUAAUAUAAUUGGUCAUGUUGAUUUGUCAAAGUGCAUGAAGUAAAAGUUGUUUAAGAAGUGGGUUUGAGCUUUGAAUGGUUAUAUUUCAUAGUCUUGCAGCAAUUUCGGUCAUAAUCGAAUUACGCGUGCGAGUGUUUGUCAGUAGAGAUGCAGCAUAAAAGUUUGCAUCGCUCUGUAGUUGUUGUCACUUUUGUAACAGCAUGGGCGUAAGAGACCUGCAAACAAGUUUCUCCCUAGUCAUGCAGAUGGACAUAUUUCUCUUACAUAUGCCCAUUUUGUUGGGUGGUGUAUAUUAAACUAAGAUUGCUUUUAUUUUUCCUCCAAAAAACUGUCACCUAUAACAGAAAGAUAGACAUGCAUACGGAUAUUUGAAAUGAAGUAAUAGCUAUUUAAAGCGGUGUUUGGCAGUGAGCGAGUGGCUAAUAAAUCUCUGUGCGCUGUUUGCGUGUUAUGGAUCGGGCUCUAUUCCUGGAGUGAGCACAUUUACAGGCGUUCAGUUACAUAGGGUAAAAGUGUUAAAUAAGCUUUAACACUUAAGAAGAGUUCAAUAAGAAGAUGGACAAUGAGAAUAAGCAUGCGAGCACUUAUGCCUAUGUAGAAGUGCUCAAUGGCGAGCGUUCUGCCAUAAGACACUUUUCUGUGUUCGUGGGAAGUUGAUGUUCUGUAUAUACGUCCUUAAAAAGACGAUUGUAUGCGUGUGAGUUGCAGGUGUUGUCGGUGUCGUUUAUUGCCGGGUGACAUCUCGUGGACGCAAAACUUCAGAAGGUUUCUUUAAAAAUAGCCGAAAUAAAACUAGUUGUUCAUAACAUGAAAUCAGUUCAGGGCUACAGAUGUUCAUCAAGGACAGCAUAGCAUACUUUUUCAAACCCGUUAUAAGCGUGCUGUACUGCUGUGUACUAGUGUUAUGGUGGUUGCUGGCACAGUUGGAACUGUCUUCUGUUAGUUUGUUUGUCCAGCGGCUGAAAUCCCGAGCCCUUUCCCCGUCAUCUGGGAGUUUUGCCCUUGCAGAGAGCAUUACAAGACUCAUGGGCUGAUUAAGCUUCUUUGGCACUAUGACAGAGCGCGGGUAUAUCGGUGUUAUGUAGGUUCGAAUGGAAACAGAAUCUCUAAUACUGAAUGUUCAACAUGUGAAAAGUGUUCGCCUAACUAUUUACAGGCACCCACUAAAGCUAUAUUUGUGUCAAGAAGCCAGAUGUGACUAAAGAGAUAGGCUGGGGAAACUUUGUGGUGAUUUGUUCAAUAAAAGAUAGGAGAGGGGGGAAAAUGCGGUCACAGAAUGAAUCCAAUAAAGAAAUAAAACGCUACAACGCUAUUAACAUUAUUCUUGAGUUGAGUUGUGUUUGUUGACCAUACCACUCUCUGUCAUCCCACUCAUUCCUCAAUAGUGAAGCGUAUCGGUCAUCAGUACAAUAAACAGGCUUACGACGCUUUCCCAUGACUCAUUCGAGUCUAUUUUCCACGCGUUAAGACGUUAAAAUCACAAUGAAAGAAGCAUUUUCUCCAGGAGGCUAAAAUCACAUGUAAAUGCACAUUUCGGUGAACAAAUUUGGUUAAAAAUGCCCUUUCCUAGUAACCUAAGUUACUUAUACUUUGAAUUUGAAUAAAGUCCCAAAGCUGUUCCAAGUUCUGAAUUCCAAAUUAUGUAUUUUUAUUUUUUAUAAAAAAUCAUUUAAUUUAUGUAAACUGAAAAAUUAUUCUCAGACCUGACAGAAAUACGGCACAGUUUUUCUAACUAUUAAUUUUAUCGUUUGCCGCCAUCUACUGGAGAGAGAGAAAGAUGGCCGCAUCUUUGAGAACUACAAGUGUACUUGAUUUUCAGGUUAAUGUCGGUUUACAGCACAGUUUUGUUUUUUGUCCUGUUAACCCCCCCACCCCCCAAAUAUGAGCUGUAAAGAUUCUUAUGAGAUCUCGAAAAAAUGGCUUGUGCAGCCGACAGCUGCAUCCAAUUCACGCGUCACGCAAGUGAUGUUCUGCUCAACCUGAACCGACUGCGCAGCAGAGAUAUCCUCACAGAUGUAUCGAUUAUGGUCAACAGACAACAGUUUCGAGCACACAAAACUGUCCUUAUGGCAUGCAGUGGGCUCUUCUACUCAAUCUUCACAGACUCACACAAAUGUAACCUGAAUGCCAUCAGUCUGGAUCCGAAGGUUGACCCAGAGGGUUUCGCAAUACUUCUGGAGUUUAUGUACACUUCACGUCUCGCAUUGAAGGAGAGCCUCAUCAUGGCCAUCAUGAACACAGCAAUCUACUUACAGAUGGACCACGUUGUUGACACCUGCCACAGAUUCAUAAAGUCCAGUGACUCCUCCAUCAAACUGCCCAGAGAGGAUUUUCUGGUCAGCCCUCUGCUUUUACCUCAAGAUGUUCACAGUUACAGACACCAUGAAGUGGUGGAUAACAUAUCUGGACGGGCAGCAACUUUCAGAGAUGGGAGACCCUAUGGUGUCUGCAUGUUUAAUGGGGUCAAUUCUCCUAACAGCUCAUACCUUUAUGGCCAGUUUCCAAUGCAAGGUUUUCCCUUUCCUCUUUGCAAGCUGACAGACACCAAAAACACUUUCUCAGACUUCUCAAAAGGAGGCAUCAUCCAUCACAAACACUGCUCACCUGCUGAUGGAAACAACCCUGUGCUAGCUGACUUCACCCGCAGCACCACCAAUGGGAGCGCCAAUGCUUUCCACACAGGCUCAUACUCCUCGAGAGAGCUUGGAAGAGAUGAGGAAAUGAAGCGGGAGAUGUUGGAAGGAGUUGUCCAAUCAAUCGGCAUGAGCUUCAGAAAGCACGGCUUUAGCAGCCUGGCCCAGGAGCAGCAAAGUGAGACUGGAAAAGAGCAGAGUUCCCUAGCUGAGGAACAUUUGAGCCACCAACACUACUCUAUGGGCAUGUCCUCCAAUGGGCGCAAAGGCCUGAUGAGCAGCCCCCAGAGUCCGCUCAAAUCAGACUGUCAGCCAAAUUCUCCAACAGAGUCCAGCAGCAGCAAAAACGCUGCCCUCACACAGCCCUUGCAACCUCUGAGCUCUCAAGGUACACAAGACCCUAAAGCUCGCAACUGGAAGAAAUAUAAGUUCAUUGUGCUCAAUCAGAGCUCCAAGGAAGAGGAGACCAGUCAUCAAGAUCCUGGAAUGCACUCCCCGCAGAGGCCAGGCUUGUCUGCUUUCCUUCACCAUACUGACUCUGAACACCCAGACUCAAAGGCAACAACAAAGAUUAGUGAUCAAGGAGAGGACUUCACUGUGCCUCAGGCCAGUCGCCUCAAUAACAUUAUCAACAGAACUCUGGAGGGAUCACAGAGGAACGGUGACAGAUGCUCUUCUAUGUAUAUCAGCCACUUAAAAUGUUCGUCCUGUGGCUCCCAGUCUCCACAGCACUCUGACAUCUGUCCGAACACGCCUGCCUCGCGUUUGGGCGAGGAGAUGUCUGAGAUGCACUCAGAGUAUUCGGAUUCCAGCUGUGAAAACGGAACAUACUUUUGUAAUGAAUGUGACUCUAAGUUUGCAGAGGAGGAAGCCUUGAAACGCCACACGCUUCAGGUCCACAGCGACAAGCCAUACAAAUGUGAUCGUUGCCAAGCAGCAUUCCGUUACAAGGGAAACCUUGCCAGUCACAAAACCGUUCACACCGGAGAAAAACCGUAUAGAUGCAAUAUCUGCGGGGCUCAGUUCAACAGACCCGCUAACCUCAAAACCCACACACGAAUUCACUCAGGAGAAAAGCCAUACAAGUGUGAGACAUGUGGAGCUAGAUUUGUGCAGGUUGCUCACCUUCGUGCUCAUGUUCUGAUUCAUACCGGAGAGAAGCCAUAUCCAUGUGAAAUCUGUGGCACCCGCUUUCGUCAUCUGCAGACCCUUAAGAGUCACCUGCGAAUACACACAGGAGAAAAGCCCUAUCAUUGUGAAAAAUGCAAUUUGCAUUUUCGCCACAAGAGCCAGCUUCGGUUACACCUCCGUCAGAAGCACGGGGCAAUCACCAACACCAAGAUCCAAUAUCGCAUGUCUUCGACAGAGCUACCGACGGACUUGACGAAGGCCUGCUGAGCAAGCACUUAGGGGCAGACCUGACCAUGGCAUUAUAUGAACCUGACUUGUACAAUCAUUCAAAAUUUUAGUGCCACACUGUGUCAAUCAGACAGAAAAAAAAUUAUAAUAAUAAAACUUGGCAGGAAAUGCCAAUCUAAACGGGUUUCCUCUACAUUUGAACAUAGAACCACAUCAUGGUCUCUUGUAGUCACUUUAUUGUUUAUAUUUACAUAUGAAUAUAUAUUAAUGUUGCGAGUGUUUUUACAUUGAGUUAUAAAAAGCUUUAUUUUGUUGGAAGAAGGUCAGAAUGUAAAACAUUUAAAUCCGGUUUUUGAGAAUACAGUAUUUUAUAACAAAACAAAAACGUACUUUUCUGAAGGUAUUUGGGGAAUUUUGAUUGGAGGUUGGAAUAUUUUGAGUCAAACACAUUUCUAGCAAAGCAAAGAAGUGUGUCUAUAGAUUUUUAUGUAUUAAAUGUACAGGUUACACUAUGUUGGAAUGGCCUCUGUCUUGUAAGAGGAACUCCUAACUGUGACGUAAGCAUUGAAUAUCUUUCAUGGUUUUUGUUGUGUACUUUUGAGGAUGAUGGCUGCUCUCUCAAAUGGAAAACAUGCAUGUGGUCAGUUGCCACAGAUAAAGCUUCAUUAUGUGGGCAACUGCAUAUAUAUUGUGACAAAAAGUUUAAUUACUUUACAUCAAGAUUGCUCUCUGCUGGCAGAGACGAUCUGAAAUUACAUGUUAACAUAUGCAUUCAAAGUAGUAAUAAUAAUAAUAAAAAAAAAGAAUAGGUACUGCUAUGUUACGACCAAGGAGAUAUUUUGCUUAAGAUGUAUUUGUAUAGAAACGUGAACUUUUUUAAAAAAUUUCUUUUGGCAAGUGAAGGUUUACAGUUUUGUCGUUGUUCUAGAAGCUACAGUAAAAGGUUAUACUAUUGUCCUUUAAUUUUUGUUUGUGUAUACACUGUGUACUCAAGGUGCCUUUCUCAACAGUGUCUGAAUUCCUUCCCAUUCAGCCCAGGUACAACGGAAGGGCAACACUUGUCCUCUAUUUUCCCCCUUUUUGAGUGUAUUGACAUGCGAGGAUGUGUUUGACAAAAAAAAAAAAAAAAAAAAAGGGUCAGCGUGAGUGUGUGCGCACGCAUGUGUGCUUUAUAAAUGCUUUUCUCACACACACACACAAAAAAAAAGCAACUCGUUAUUUUGUGAGCUAUACAUCAUCAGGACAUGUUUUGGGAUUGGGCUUUUUUUUGUUUUUUUAUAAAUGCAUUAAGCUUAUUGUAAAAUAUAGAUGUAUGAAUGUAAAAUAAAGUAUGGGAUUUCCAUGUCUAAA